AAUCAAAUUCUUCUUCUGAGCUUCGUAUUUUCAAUUCGAGCAGUUUUGUAAAGUUGAAAAUUGUUCUUCGUCUUUGCAUACAGCACCCUUUACAUGAUGAUUUAAGUAAUCUUCACCCAGCAUCUAUUAAACUUAUAUCAGUACAAGAACUAACUGACGAAGAAAUUGUUAGAGCAGUGGAGCCAAAUCCUGAAGUUGACAAUUCUGAUGAAGUGGAAAAAGUAUAUAAUUAUCAGAUAGUUUAG